CCGCCAUCCAGCUCAACUUUAAAUAUGUCAGCAAAAUAGCACGGAGGGGGAGUGAACUUGACGACUGCAGUCAUAUUUUAGAGAAACAUUACAUUAUUUUCAUCUGCUGCCGUGUGCCACUUUCGCUUCGGCCGAGAGGCGGUCUGCUUCCCAUCUGGCGUCGCAGUCCAUGUCCACCCAUUCAGACCCGUCAGGUGGUAUGUCCCAUGCCGGCCCUUCCCCGGGUGCGGGCCUUUCACCCGGCCCCAUCCUGGGCCCCAGCCCCGGACCGGACCCUUCGCCUGGCUCCGUUCACAGCAUGAUGGGACCCAGCCCCGGGCCCGGAACGCCCAACGCGGCCCACGGCAUGCAGGGACAGGUGCAGAGUGACUUCUCGCAAGACAUGAUGUAUUCUAUGCACAAGCCCUUGGAGGGAAUGAACGACAAGGCCAUGGCGGACGCUUUGCACUUUGGUCACAUGAAAGGCGUGGGCAUGAGAUCUCUCCACAGUGGCAUGGGCCCCCCGCAGAGCCCAAUGGACCAGCAUAGCCAGGGCUACAUGUCUCCACAUCCUUCACCGAUGGGCGUGCACGAGCACACGUCCAGCCCCAUGUCCGGGGGCGGAGGACCCACGCCGCCCCACAUGCCCCCAUCCCAGCCGGGCCCCAUGAUGCCCAUGGACCCGCAAGGAGGAGGAGGAGGUGGCGGCGGCAGCGGCGUCAUACCCAACAUGUCCGGCAUGGGCCAGCAGGGCCGGGGCCCGUCGGCAUUCAGUCAGGCCCAACUGCAGCAGCUCCGCGCACAGAUCUUGGCCUACAAGGUCUUGGGCCGCGGGCAGCCGCUGCCCGAGAACCUCCAACUGGCCGUGCAGGGCAAGAGGAGUCUACCCACAAUGCAGCAGCAGCACUGA